AUGGGUGAACCUCUUUGCGAAGAAGAUUGGUUGGCGCUCGUAGAUGAGGCCAGCAGAAACGCGAGAGAUCUAGAGCAGCGCAUCGAAGUUGUCGAAUUAUAUAAACGCGCAAUUUCCGCAGAGCCUUGGAGCAACACGCUCUGGUUGGCAAGAUGUGACUGGGUCUUGUCAUUGUACACAGAUUGCCGGGAUCCAGAUGCAGGAUGGCCAGAGGAAGAGCAAGAGCUUGGACAGGAAUUAUUCUCAUUGCAAACGGUGCAGGAUCUUUGGCAGGAAGCUGCUGCAGCUACUCAAUUCCGGUUGAACGAUAGUCAUGAGCUAUGGAACAGGUGGAUAACCAUUGAAUUGGAAGAGCUUGCAAAAUCACCCAGUCGCGAAUAUGUAGAGCGCAUCCGCAAAAUAUUUUUCGAUCGUCUGCAAACUCCACAUUCUAAAUGGGAUGAGACUUCGCAGAUGUUCUCGACAUUUCUCACGAAGUAUGACGAGCCUUCUUAUGAAUCGACGAUGGUGCAAAUUACACAGAUGGGUAGCGGUGCAAGACAUUUGUAUGCACAGCGCGAAGAGCACGAAUUGAAGCUUCAGCAGGCUAUCGCGACUGGCGAUAAGGAACGUGUAGCAUCUGUAAUGAAAGAAUACUUGGAAUGGGAGACUUUACAGACAUUGAUGAAGCCCAAAAAGGGGCUGCCUCAAAGCCCUCCCAUUCUCGCAGUUGCCCUCUACGAACGCGCGUUGGCAUCGACUAUUUUGGGCCGAGAUUCUGGAACCUGGGAAGAUUACAUUGCUUUUGUUCAACAAAGCUAUACCGUAAAUCCAGAAGCGCAGUUAGGUAAUCCCUUGUACAUUGUACAGCGAGCCACUGCACAUUGCCCUUGGUCAGGAAGUCUAUGGGCGCGAUACAUACUUCUUGCAGAAACACAGAACCUGGAUUUCUCCUCGAUUGAAGACAUAAAGCAUGCCGCAACCAGGUCUGGCGUAUUGGAUCGUGAAGGGAAAAUGGAUGAGGUAAUUGAGGUCUAUACAGCUUGGUGCGGAUACCUCAGGCGUCGAACACUCAAUCGUGCAGCAGAGGACGAAGCAUUUGAUGUGGCUGACGCUGGUCUACCUGGUUCACUUGAGGCAGUUCAGGACUGGGGUCGGAGGCUUCACAAAAGGGAGUACACUGAUCCUUUAUUCAGAAUUGAGAGGAUAAUGAUACAAUACCUCACUCAAAAGGGAUCAAUUGAUGAAGCUCCUAUACGUACGAAAGAUUUAGACUGGCCGGAAGCGAUCAUGGAACUAUAUAUUGCACAUUGCAACAAUUAUGAAGACGCACACGCUUUACUAGCAGCUAAAGAUUUGGUCCGCAGACAAUUCCAAUUAGUCACCAAACGCAGGGAAAAGUUGGCUGUUGAGCAAGCGGAAUUGUAUGCUCAACAACAACCGCAUGUUGUCACCCCAGAUCCAACGGACGAGGAAUCCCCUGGAAAUUCGAAGAGGAAACGUGAGCCGACCUCAGAAGAUGCCAAUGGUAACACCCACAAGAAGAUAAAAAAUGAGCAACCUGUAGCUGAUCCAGAGGCCUUGCGGCAACAGCAUUUGACAAGGGAUCGAGAGAAUACCACCGUAAUAGUCACCAACCUGCCCCCCGAGGUCACCCAGACCAAAGUCAGACAGUAUUUCAAAGAAUAUGGUCACAUCAAUAGCUUGGCCCUCAAGACCGAACCCGACAAGCUUUCCUCUACUUGUUUAAUUGAAUUCCGUUCGAAUGAUGACGUCCAAUCGGCUUUUCUACGUGAUGGAAAAUUUUUCGGUGAGAAUCAGAUUAAAGUCGAGUCCGGUACUGGUUUGACUCUCUAUGUAACAAACUACCCACCUCCUGCUGAUGAGAAUUACAUGCAUAACCUUUUCAAGGAUUGUGGUGAGAUAUUCAGUAUCCGAUGGCCAAGUCUUAAAUUCAACACGCAUCGUCGAUUUUGCUACAUUACCUUCCGUAAUGCUGAAGCUGCUUCGGCUGCCACCCAGCUUGAUGGAAAGUUACUCGAGAAUAAAUAUAAACUUGUAGCAAAAUAUUCUGACCCAGCCGGAAAGAAGCAACGAGAAGGUGCCACGGCGGAAGGUCGAGAGCUCCACAUAACCAACCUCGAUUUGAGUUUAAAUGAGGACGAUUUGAAGGAAGUGUUUGCAAAGUAUGGUCAGGUUGAAUCUGUCAGAAUUCUAAGAACACACAAGGGGGAAAGCAAGGGUGCAGGUUUUGUCGUCUUUGAGAAAAAGGACGAAGCAAAUUCAGCACUUGAAUUGGAUAAAACCAAAUUAAAAUCCUCAAUUCUUCAUGUCGAAUUGACGCAAUCGAGAAACUACAAACCUAUCGCAACCAGUACAGAGAAGGGAACUUCAGCAUCUCCAGUCCCAGACGCUGAUGGAGAUGCUGCUAUGUCUCUAACUUCUACUGCGGAUCAUCCCAACAAAAAUCAACAUGCUUUACACCAACCAUCAGAAGUUUCCAAUCGAACUAUUACUCUACUCAAUGUCCCUGAUACAAUCAAUGAUGCAAGAAUCCGUGCAAUUGCAGAGCCAUUUGGUACCAUCAUAAAAGUCGUACUUCGCCCAGACCACCAAGGUGCCAUCAUCGAGUACGAAGAUGUCAAUUCUGCAGGCAAAGCAUCACUUGGUCUCGAAAAUUACGAGAUCACUCCAGGUCGCAGACUAAAAACAGGAGGAAUGAAAGAUUUAUUUGCGCAAUCAAGCGAAGUAAAAUCAGAUCGUAUUGUCAUUGGACGAACUGCAAAAAAGGAAAAGGAGAAAGCGAGUAGUAGUACAAACACGGGUAUGAGCACGAGUAAUCUCAUGCAACCAAGUGCACCGAUUAGAAGACCAGGUGGACGUGGUGGCUUGGGACAAAAGAAAGGAUUGGGAUUCUCGGGAGCAAAAAAGUCGGCGGUAGAUUCAGAUGCUACUUCUUCUAAACCGAAAAGUAAUGCGGAUUUUAAAAAAAUGUUUUUAAGUGGGGGGAAGGAAUAA